UUUAAAUUUAAUUAGAACGCUCACAAACAGUGAUAGCCAAGCUUCCCUGCAUUGUUUUCCACCGCUCGCUCGCUCGCAGCCAGAUUUCACCAAAGCUACGAACACGGGCAUCAUGACCGAAAAGUACGACGGCAAUGGCGACUUCUCCCCGUACAAUGAUGACGACAACGAGUACAGUGGCAAGCCGCGCAAAAGUGCUCUCAGUGGAGGCGGCGGCGGCCCGGGCGGUGGGCCUGGUGCCCACAACGGUGACAGUUCCGCCCACGACCAUGGCCAUCAUGGAGGCGAUGGCAACGGUAGUGUGCAGAUAAACGAGAAGGCCAACGAGUACAUACGCGACUGCAUGGCCGAAAGGAAUCGCAUGGACCGUAAAUUUCCCAUUGGCGAGAAGCUUUUGGAUGGCGAGAUUGAAAAAGUCCAGACAACGGGACGCAUACCGUCGCGGGAGCAGAAGUACGCAGAUAUCUACCGGGAAAAGCCACUUCGCAUAUCACAGCGUGUCCUAGUGCCAAUCAGAGAGCAUCCAAAGUUCAAUUUUGUUGGCAAACUUCUGGGACCCAAGGGCAACUCGCUGCGCCGCCUGCAGGAGGAGACGCUCUGCAAGAUGACAGUUCUGGGCCGUAAUUCUAUGCGGGAUCGCGUCAAGGAGGAGGAGCUGCGCAACUCAAAGGACCCAAAAUAUGCGCACCUCAACAGUGACCUGCACGUGGAGAUAUCAACGAUAGCCCCCCCAGCAGAGGCAUAUGCACGGAUCGCCUAUGCCAUGGCCGAGCUAAGGAAGUAUCUGAUACCCGACAGCAAUGACAUCAUACGCCAGGAGCAGCUGCGAGAGCUAAUGGACAGCACCAGCCUCAAUGAGAACGACAACGCCAAGAGCGGCUACAAAAAGCCUCCCCACAUGCCCAGUGGAAACAAUCUGAUGAGCGGAGGUUCCGGAGGUCCCGCUAACACUGCUGGCGGUCCCAAAAACACAGCGCAUCAUAGUUACAGGGGCUCACAGCAGUCGUCGUUCAGCAAAAAUGUGCUCGCACCCAAGCAAAAGGUGAUGUCCAUACUGGAAAAGGCCAGAACGGCCAUGGAUGAGACAUAUGGCAGAGGCUAUGACGAUGGCAUUGGCUAUGAUCCACAUCAGUCGUACGACAGCUACUCCUAUGGCUCACACGGCCACGGACCGCCAAACAGUAUACUUGGCGGUGUGGGCAGCAUCAAUAGUGGCGGUGGGCGUGGUGGUGGUGGUGGGCACUACGAUAACACAGAUUAUGAGCCGGAAUACGGUCGAAGGGACUACUAUCAGCAUUCACCAAGCUAUACAGGCGGUGGGGGUGGCGGCGUAGGCGGAGGCCAUGGCUCUAGCGGCGGCGGCCCACAAUCGAAUGCAAUUGGCAGCACUGGCCUCAGUUCCAAUCACAAUCGCAACCAUGUUAACAGGUGAAACUUACUGGGCCAUAGCAGUGCCGGCGGAGGUCGAGUGAGCGGCGCAACAAGUGCCACACAUCCAGCAUCAGCAAACCAUAAUCUGACGAUGAAAGCCCCAACCACAAGCAGCCAUAACCACAGCAAGAACUUUACGCCAAGCCACGGAACUGAGGGCCACAAUGCGAAGAACAGUACUCCCAACUACUUUUACCACGCCAGUGGCAGCUCCAAGCCAAAUCAGCAGCAACUUCAUCAGUCGCAACCAAAAUUCCCACCGCAGCUAUCAGCCCACAACAACAUGAGCAACCACAACCAAAAAAACACCAAUAAUUAUAACAAAACCAUGAACAGCAAUAGCAACAACAACAAUAAUAAUAAUCAUACCAGCAACAACUUUUCAAUAUCCUCCUAUAUUCGUACACUGAACCAAAUGGAUAAUAUGGUUGGCAAAAAGAGUGCCAAUACCACCACAACCAAUGCCAAUGGCACAGCAACGCCAAAUGUUGCUAACAGCAGCAAAACACACACAUUAAACAGCAAAAACAACAACAAAAACACCACUACAAGUGCUACAGUGCCAGAUAUGCUAUUAGUAAGACCUGCUUAUCCUUCUUCGCUACAUAUUGGUACAUUUCCGUACUUGCCAGUGCAGUUUUUCUGAUUUCAACAAUACAACAACUACAUCAACAUCAACAACUACAUCACAAAUACUUUGUACACUUAAAUGCAUAAGAUGAUAUACGGGAAGGCGAGGGGAGAAAUAUUUACAAAAUGGAAACAUACAAAACAUAUACAUACAUCUAUAUAUACUAUACAUAUAUAUAUAUUUUUGCGUGCAAGGAUUAACGUUCUAUGAAGAUGAGGCUGGAUCUACAGAUUGAAACUUACUUUUGCGUGGGCUACAAACGAUAAAAUUGUGUCAAAGAUGGAUAUAUACACACACACACACACAUAUAUAUAUACAUACAUAAAUAUAUAUACAUAUAUAUAUAUUGUCCAAUUUUUUAUCUAUAUUUACAAGACAUCUACAAGAUAAUGGAAAGAUUACUUAGAGCUAUACUCGAUAUGAUAUGACAGUUGAAUCAAUAAUAAGGCGCGCGUCUCAGCUCAAAGUUGAGAGAUAGUAUAACAGACAAAGCAAAAUUCAACUGACGAAGCAAGACAAAGCUAUGUAUAGGGGUCAGCCCUGGGGCUGAGGGUCCGGUAGGGUCGAGACAAAAUCUAUGAGAUUAAAUAACUAAAUAAAUAUUAAUAUAUACAAUACAUGAAUAUAUGAAAUAAUUACAGAGGGCACAUUUGAAAUCAUAAUUUUAUUUAUAUAUGCAUAUAUAUUUGACGAAUUAAAACUAACUA